AUGGAAGACCCACAAACAACGACGGCAAGCGUUGCGGAGACGGAAUCGACGCCAAAUCUCGAAUCGGCGCCUGAAGAACCGCAACAGCCGGAGGCCGAGCAGGUUCAGGCCGAAGAAGAGAAAACUGAGAAGGUGGCCAGCGAUGAGGCAGAGGCUGCAGUCGCGAGCGAACAACCGCAACCGCAGGUCAUGCGCGCUGCGAUCUAUCGCCGCUACGGCUCGCCAGAUGAGCUGGAAGUGACGUCCCAGCACCCGAAGCCGAAAUGCGUCAAGAAGAGGGACGUACUGGUGCGCGUACACGCUACCUCCAUCAACCCUGUAGACUGGAAGUUGAUGGCCGGCAACUUGAGCAUCGUGCAAUUUGGCAAGAUCUUUCCCUUCACUCCUUGUUUCGACGUGUCUGGCGUCGUGGAGGACGUAGGUGCCAACUGCAAGCGUAUCAAGAAGGGCGAUGAGGUGUGGGCCAUGAGCUCCAUCUCCUGCGGUGGCGCCGCCGACUAUGUUGUCCUGCAAGAGAAGAACGUCGCACUCAAGCCAAGCAGCCUGUCGCACACAGAGGCCGCCAGCAUCCCGCUCGUGGGGCAGACGAACUACCAGGCGCUGGUCGAGACGGCCAAGAUCAAGGAGGGCCAGAAGGUUUUGAUCCUCGGCGGCAGCGGUGGCACCGGGUCCAACGCCAUUCAAUUGGCGAAGCACUACAAAUGCGAUGUGACGGUCACGUGCAGCGAGAGGAACCUCGAGUUUGUGCGGGCCAUGGGCGCGGACCACACGAUCGACUACGCCAAAGAGAACUGGUGGGAGGUGCUCAAGGGAGGUAAUUUUGACAUCGUCUACGACACCGUGGGCGGCGCUGGGGUCUGGGACCGCUCGGCGCACGUCCUCAAGAAGGACGGCGUCUUCGUUACGAUCGCCGCCGAGAGCGAGGAAACCUUGACUGUGGGUCGAGCCAUCGCCGCGGGCGCGUCGAUCGUGAACCGCAAGUUCUGGAGCGUGUUCGGGUUCCCCAAGUACCACCUCCUCACCACGUCGCCCAACUGGACCGACCUGUUCGACCUCCGGAAGCUCAUCGACGAGGACCACGCCAUCCGGCCCGUCGUGGAGCGCGUCUAUCCGCUCGAGGAGGCGCCCGCCGCCUUCGCCGAACACAUCAAGCGGAAAACCCGCGGCAAGAUCGUCAUCCAGGUGGUCCCGGACGAUCAGGUCCAGGUCCCCUCGAGCUGCUUCUCCGGUCUGGCGUCCACCUCAUCGUCUUCCUCCUCGUCGUCGUCUUCUUCGUCUUCGGCUCCCGACACCGUUGUUGGUCAAGAAGAGACUGCGGCGAGCGAGCCGCCGGUGGCUGUGGAAGAGACCGAAAAGGAGAAGGAGGAGAAGGAGGAGAAGGAGGAGAAGGAGGAGAGUGAGGAGCCGACCGUGGCGGUCGAGCAGACGGGACCUUCGGCCGAAGAGAGCACCGCUGUCACGAGCGAGCCGGCUGCUGCAGCCGACGAUGAGACCGUCGCGGAGGAAGAAGAGGAAGCGGUGGAGGAGAUUGACCUCUAA